AUGCGGUGCGCGGUCCGGCUCUGCCGAGGUACGGCGGCUUCGGCCGGCCCGUCGCGCAGCUUGUCGUCUUCGGCCAGCAGCCGCUCCGAGACGACGGCGACGACGACGACGCCUCAGGCUCGACUGCGCUUCGCCCCUUCGCCGACGGGCUACCUGCACCUCGGCGGUCUCCGUACUGCCCUCUUCAACCAUCUGUACGCGCGCAAGCUCAAGGGCAAGUGGAUCCUCCGCAUCGAGGACACGGACCAGAACCGAUACGUGCCCGGCGCGGUCGAGGCGCUGCAGCGGACGCUCGAAUGGGCAAAGCUAGACUACGACGAGGGACCCGGAAGGCAGGGUGCCGCUCACGGGCCCUACGUCCAGUCAGAGAGGCUCGACAUCUACCAGCGCUACGCUGACAGGCUGCUCCAGUCUGGGAAAGCCUACCGCGACUUUAGGGCCGAGGUGGCGCAAGAUGUCCACGCGCCCAAGUCCAAGGGCAUUCCGCUGCGAGAGCACUACCUUCCACCAGACGAGGAUGAGGCACGCAGGCUCAUCCGCGAGGGCAAGCCUUUCGUCGUCAGGCUAAAGGCCGAGACGGACGCCAUCAGCCACCAGGACCUCGUCUAUGGCGACAUUCACUUCCCCGCCGACCCGAAUCGCGCAGGCACCGAAGAUCCGAUCCUAAUGAAGAGCUCCGGCUGGCCCACAUACCACCUCGCCAACGUCAUCGACGACCACGAGAUGGGCAUCACCCACGUCCUCAGAGGAGAGGAGUGGCUCCCGUCGCUGCCGAAACACCUCUGGCUCUACCGCGCCCUGGGACUGGAACCGCCCAAGUUUGCGCACCUGCCGCUCCUGGUCAACCCGGACGGGAGCAAGCUGUCGAAGCGCAUGGGCGACGUGCGCGUCGAGGACUACAUGGCCAAAGGGCUCGAGCCCGAGGCGCUCAACAACUUUGUCGCGCUCAUGGGCUACAACCACAUUGCGGCGCGCAGCGACGCAAAGGAGGAGGGCUCGCACAGCAACUUUGAGGUCAUGUCGAUGCACGAGAUGAUCGAGGGCUUUGACAUCGCCAACGUGUCGCACUCGCGGGCGGCCGUGGAUCUGUCGAAGCUCUACUUCCUCAACGGCAGGCACAUGGCGCUCAAGCUCGACGAUGGCGAGGGCGGCGGACAGCGGGAGCUCGUCGACAAGGUCAAGCCGCUGCUCGCGGCAGAGUUCCCCGAGGUGCAAGAGAUGGCGGACGAGAGGCUGGUGGAGCUGCUGCAGAUCACAAAGGGAACAUCACCGACCUACCUCGACUUUACGCACUCGGUGCAGCCGCUACUGCGCGUACCGACAUGGACGUCGAGCUCCUCUCUAUCCCUCUUCCGCUCCACUUCCGCCAUCUCGAUGCACUACGCCGUAUGCAUCGAGCAGCUUCUCUCGCUCCUCCGUCACCUUCCCUCCGAUGCCGAGUCGGGGCCGAUCGCGCAGGAGGACGCGUCAAAGCUGCUCAAGGACCUCGCCAAGUCGGUGGCGGAAUCCCUCCAUGCCCCCCGCGAUGAACGGCAGGAGCUGGUCGAACAGGGCGGCAAGAGGGCGGCGAGAAAGAGGGCAAACGUCAUGCUGCCCAUUCGCUUUGCACUCACGGCUAGGGACAAAGGUCCGACGUUGGCCGAAAUCAUCUCGUGGCUGGGCAAGCAGGGCUGCAUCGAUCGGCUAGAGAUGGCGCUCAAGGUGUACAACGAAAACGGCCUGGCUUAA